AUGUUAAGAUUAUUAAGUAUCAAUAGUUUAAGUAUCCCUUGUUAUCGUAUGGUAACAGGAGCAAUUGCAACUCGAUAUAGGCCUUAUAGUAACGAUCUUGAUUUGAUCCAAUUGCUACAAAAUCAACAAGCUGCCGAAAAGGAUGCUAGCCAGCAAAAGAACGAUGAAGAUCAAUCCAAUAACAUAUCUGAUUUAUUAGCAUCCAUGAAAGUUGAUAGAACUACCAGUAGUUACGAUAUUACACCAGAAUUUUUAGCUCAAACUGCUGCUUUAGCUAAAUUAGAAAAGGAACUUCAGUCACCUGCGCCAUCAGAAGAAAAACUUGUAGGACAAGAAGAGAAGCUUGUAGAGCAAGAAAAGAAGCUUGUAGAGCAAGAAAAGAAGCUUGUAGGGCAAGAGGAGAAGUUCUUAGGGCAAAAAGAAAAGCUAGUAGGAGAGGAGCAGGCAGGAAAACAAGAAGAAGUGAAGCAAAAAACAGAGCAAAUUCAAAGCCAACCUGUACGCAAUGUCAUCAAUCGUAAAGAGGAAAUCUUAAAAGCAUUUCAAGAUGUCGCGAAUUGGAUACCAAAUUACAAUAAUGAAAUUCAAGAUGUCUCCCAAUAUAAUCAUCUCCUGCAUGAAAUAUUCCAUACCGAUAAACUAACCUCGAAGGAGACCGACACGCCACCUAAAGUUAAGUCAGCUGGAAAUGUGGCUAGUAAUAAAUCUACGAUAUCACUAGGAAGCGGCGACGGGCCCAGACUAACUGCAGAAGUAAUGUCUUGUCACAUAUGUUCCAACUAUACAUAUGAGCACAGUAUCUUAGCUUAUCUAAAACAGCAUCCAUUGAUGUUUUCUCCAACAACCCAACCAAAGUUAAACUUGCGGCAAAAUAUAUAUCUGCAUUUAAGCAUGCUAAUAACAAAUCCAUUCGAGAAUUGCGUAGCCAAAUUAGACCCAUCAAUGGAUAUACUAAAUUAUUGGAUAAUAGUAACAAAGAGUGGAAGUUUCCGAUCAAUAACGAAGAUGCCAAAAGGUUCCGUACGUCAUUUUGCUAGCUUAAUUAUUACUGGCUUACAGCAAAACCCUCAUUUAUCUGUUGCAGAAAAAGUGAAGCAUAUUAAUUGGUAUAAAAAAUUCUUCCUAAAAAAGCAAGAUGAACUGCAAUAA